UUGCGUAAUAACAAAAUGACAAGUGGCGCCCUCGUUCAUUUAACAAACUCACACACACCAUUUAGAAUUGCCCUUUUGUGGUUAAAAAAGAAUCAUGGCUUUGGCAUCUGCAAGAGUUAUUUUGAACCCUAUUCUCCGCAAAACUAUCAAGCAAAUCCUCUUCAAUCGACAUUUUUCAAAAUGUCAAAGAAGAAGUUUGGUGUGCUCGCAGUUAUAUUUCCCACAAGUAACAUCACAGAGGCUAUAUGCCGAAAAAAAAGUGUUCAACAGAGAUAAACCUCAUUGCAAUGUGGGAACUAUUGGUCAUGUUGAUCAUGGCAAAACAACAUUAACUGCUGCCAUUACAAAAGUUUUGGCAGAACAAGAGCUAGCCAAUGCUAUGGGUUACAGUGAAAUCGAUAAUGCACCAGAAGAAAAGGCUCGUGGAAUCACCAUAAAUGUUGCGCACAUUGAAUAUUCCACCGCAAAUCGUCACUAUGGACACACUGAUUGUCCAGGACACGCUGAUUAUAUAAAGAACAUGAUCACAGGAACAGCGCAGAUGGACGGCGCUAUUUUAGUCGUUGCUGCCACUGAUGGUGCUAUGCCGCAGACACGUGAACAUUUAAUUCUUGCUAAGCAAAUUGGAAUCGAGCAUAUCGUUGUCUUUAUCAAUAAGGUUGAUGCAGCUGAUGCUGAAAUGAUUGAGUUGGUAGAGAUGGAAAUCCGGGAAUUAUUAACAGAAAUGGGUUACGACGGAGACAAGGUACCAGUAAUAAAAGGCAGCGCUCUGUGUGCACUGGAAGGAAAGAAUCCCGAAAUAGGAAGUCAAGCUAUCAUGAAACUGUUGGAAGCAGUUGAUGGCCACGUACCUACACCCGUUCGGGACUUGGACAAGCCAUUCAUGAUGCCCGUGGAGAACGCUUACUCGAUCGCGGGUCGUGGAACUGUCGUAACUGGUCGUCUCGAGCGCGGGAUCAUCAAGAAGGGAAUGGAAGCCGAGUUUAUCGGAUACAGCAAAUCUCUUAAAACCACCAUCACCGGAAUCGAGAUGUUCCAUCAGAUCUUGACUGAAGCUCAUGCUGGUGACCAGCUUGGAGCUCUCGUUCGAGGAUUGAAGAGAGACGACAUAAGAAGAGGAAUGAUUAUGUGCAAACCCGGUACCAUGAAAGCCUACGACCAUCUGGAGACUCAGGCAUAUAUUCUCAGUGCUGAUGAAGGUGGCAGAAAGAAGCCUAUUCCUAACUUAAUACAGAUCCAGAUGUUCAGCAAGACUUGGGACGUCGCUUGUCAGGUUUCUAUUCCAGACAAACCCAUGGUCAUGCCUGGAGAAGAUUCUAAGCUUGUGUUGAAGCUGUUCAGACCUAUGGUACUCGAAAAAGGUCAGAGAUUCACGCUUCGUGAUGGAACGAUCACUUUAGGUACCGGAGUGGUCACCAACGUCCUCAAACCGCUGAGUGAAAAAGAUCGACUGUUGUUAACCGUGGGAAAGAAGAAGCGUGCAAGAUUAACUGCUGAGGCUGCUAAUUAAAUAAUUUAAUCAACAUAAUGCGUAUUAUUCAAUAACAGGUUAAAUAUUAUUGCGAUUAUUUUUACGUCAGUAGUUUCAUUAUUCCUAUUAUUAAACACUUUUACCAGUCAAUUGGUUUCAUAAUCCCGAUCACUUGACAUUCCGGGUACUCAAGUUUAUUCAAUAUAAAAAAUCAUAUCGAUUGGCUGGUAUAUAAUUGUAAGAAUUUGCAUUUUAUUAUUAAACCUUUGUAUUAAUUUGUGUUAAUCAAUAAAUUAAAAAAUUGA